UGGGAGCGGAGCAGCAGCGAGACCACACACCAUGCCGGAACCGAAGAAACCAGCUGGCUUCACCAAGAAGCCGCAGAGCCAGACGGGAACAGUGGGUGGGAAGGUAGAGUUUGUGGUGGAGGUGGACAAGCCGAACGUGAAGGUGAAAUGGCAGAAAGAUGGGAAGGAUCUCAUCGCUGGACCCAAGUACACGAUCAAGGCGGAGGGGAAGAAACACACGUUGACCAUCAACCACCUGGCCAAGCAGGAUGACUCUGUUUAUAUAGCAGUGGUGGGCACGGUGAAGGAGAAGUUUGAGCUCCAAAUUAAGGAAGCUGAAAAAAGUGCAGAACCAGAGACUGCAGCAGCCACCAAAGCCCCUGCUGAAGAACAGAGUCGCAGUGAACUUCCUGAAGAUGACACAGCCCCUGCUGAUGCACAUCAAAACCUGACUGGCCUCUUCAUUGAGAAGCCAGAAACAACAUCAGCUCUCAUUGGUAGCAGUCUCUGUCUGGUCGCUAAGGUUGACUCGAGCAAUCUUCAGAAGAAGCCAACCAUCAAAUGGUUCAAAGGGAAAUGGAUGGAUCUCAGCAGUAAAGCUGGGAAAGUGUACCAGUUCAAGGAGCAGUACGACAGCAAGUCAAAGAUUUACACCUAUGAGAUGAAAAUAGCUAAAGUUGAUAAGACCAUUGCAGGUGGUUACAGAUGUGAAGUGACCUCAAAAGAUCAGUUUGACAGUGUGGCUUUUGAUAUCACUGUUGAAGCAUCAGUGGAGGAGAGUAACCUUCUGACAACUUUUAAGCGAACAGCUGCAGCUGGAGAAGAUGCUGGGGAGCUGGACUUCAGUGGAUUGCUGAAGAAGAGGGAGGUCAAAGUUCAGGAAACUCCGAAGGAAGAGGUUGAUGUCUGGGAAAUCCUGAAAAAUGCCAAGCCUUGUGACUAUGAGAAAAUAGCCUUCCAAUAUGGCAUCACGGAUCUGCGUGGCAUGCUGAAGAGACUGAAGAAGAAAAAGAGGGUGGAGAAGAAGAGUGAAGCGUUUGCUAAGAGGCUGGAGAGUGCGUAUCAGGUGGACAAAGGAGGGAAGAUUCGAAUGGCCAUCGAACUAGCGGGACACAACAUGGAUGUGAAGUGGCUGAAGAAUGGGAAAGAAAUCAGACCAAGCGCCAGGUUCAUCUUUGAGGUCAUCGGGCUGAAGAGGGUUCUGACCAUUAAGAACUGCAUACUGGCAGAUGAUGCAGAGUAUGAGUGUAUUGUGGGUGAUGAUAAGUGCGUGGCUGAUCUCUUUGUCAGGGAGCCUCCUGUUGUCAUCACUGUCCCCUUGGAUGACCAACAUGUAUUUGUGGAUGACCGGGUUGAGUUUGACUGUGAGGUCUCAGAGGAAGGAGCAGUCGUAGUCUGGACAAAGAAUGGGGUAGAGUUGACCCGAGAAGAUUCCCUGAAGUACCGUAUUAAGAAGAGUGGGAAGAAGCAUAUGUUGAUCAUCAAUGAUGCCUCCAAGGAGGAUGCAGGCCGCUAUAAGAUUGCGACUAACGGAGGGGAAUCAGAAGCUGAUUUGAUUGUGGAAGACAAGGUCCUGGAGGUGUUGCAGAGUUUCGCUGACCUGACAUUGAAGGCCCAGGAGCAGGCAGUCUUCAAAUGUGAGGUCUCCGAUGAAAAGGUGACAGGCAAGUGGCUGAAGAACGGGAUUGAGGUCAAGCCCAGCAAGCGCAUUCACAUCACCCAUAAGGGCAGGUUUCACAAGCUGGUCAUUGAUGACAUCACACCGGAUGAUGAAGCUGAUUACACGUUCAUUCCAGAUGGUUAUGCUCUCUCCAUCUCUGCCAAGCUCAACUUUUUAGAGAUCAAAAUCGACUACGUCCCCCGCCAAGAGCCUCCUAAGAUCCACCUUGACUGCACAGGCAGUGUGGUUUCCCAGAAUACCAUUGUGGUGGUCGCAGGUAACAAAGUCCGACUGGAUGCUGAUGCCAGUGGUGAGCCCCCUCCCACUAUUACCUGGUACAAGACUGACCAGGUACUCACAGACGUAGAAGGACGCCUACGUAUUGAGACAAAGAACAAUAUCAGCAGUCUGGUGUUGGAGGGUGCACUGAGAGAAGAUGAGGCAAAAUACAGCAUUCUGGUGCAGAACCCAGCAGGCGAAGAUAAGGCCACCAUCUUUAUCAAAGUUGUUGAUGUCCCUGACCCCCCUGAGAAUGUCAAGAUCAUCGGCAUUGGAGAGGAUUGGUGUACCGCGGGAUGGGAUAUUCCAAAGUAUGAUGGUGGCCAGCCCAUUACAGGUUACCUGCUGGAAAGGAAGAAGAAAACGAGCAUGAGGUGGAUGAAGUUGAACUUUGAACCUCUCCAAGAAACGACCUUCACUGCCACUCGGAUGAUUGAGGGCUGCCUCUACGAGAUGCGGGUAUUCGCUGUGAAUGGUAUCGGCAUCUCGCAGCCUAGCGCCUCCUCCAGGACAUUCAUGCCACUUGCUGUGCCCGGUGAGCCGUCGCACUUGUGUGUUGAGGAUGUCACUGACACCACAACCACCCUGAAGUGGAGGAUGCCUGAGAAGAUUGGUGCUGGAGGUGUGGAUGGAUACCUGAUUGAAUACUGCAAGGAAGGCUCCAAUGAGUGGAUUGCAGCCAACACUGAGCUGGUGGAGCGUCUUGGAUUCACCGUGAAAAACCUCCCGACAGGAGAGAAGAUUAAUUUCCGUGUGCGGGCAGUAAACAUAGCUGGAAAAAGCGAGCCCGCAAUUCUCUCCCAAUCAGUCACUAUCCGCGAGAUUGUCCAACACCCAAAAAUCUGGGUACCACGGCAACUGAGACACACAUUCAUCCGCAGAGUCGGCCAACAAAUCAAUCUAGUGAUUCCUUUCCAGGGCAAGCCACGACCUGUGGUCACAUGGUUGAAAGAUGGCCAGCCAUUGGAUACUAAGCAAGUCAGUACCCGCAACAGCGAAGUGGACACUAUUCUCUUUAUUCGAAGUGCUGAGCGCAGUCACUCUGGGAAGUAUGAACUCAGUGUUCAGAUUGAGAACUUAAUUGACAAGGCAACAAUCAAAAUUCAGGUUGUUGAUAAACCUGGGCCCCCAGAGAGCCUGAAGAUUGUAGAUGUCUGGGGAUUCAAUGCUAGUAUAGAGUGGACCCCACCGAAGGAUACCGGCAACACGGAAAUCACUGGCUACACCAUUCAGAAAGCGGACAAGAAAACCAUGGAAUGGUUCACUGUGUAUGAACAUAACCGCAAACCCCACUGCACCAUCUCCGAUCUCAUCAUGGGUAACGAGUACUACUUCCGUGUCUUCAGUGAGAACAUCUGUGGCCUAAGUGACAGCCCAAGAACAUCGAAAAAUACGGCCUACAUCCAGAAAGACAGCAAAAUCUACAAUCCUUCACCAUUCAAGGAACAUGACUUUAGCCAUGCACCGAAAUUCACGCAGCCUCUGUUGGAUCGUUCUAUUAUAGCAGGUUACACAGCAAAGCUGAGCUGCUCUGUCCGAGGUUGCCCUAAACCGAAGAUUAUCUGGAUGAAGAACAAGAUGGCGAUCAUAGAUGAUCCCAAGUUCCUGAUGCAUCACAACCAAGGCGUCCUGACACUGCAGAUCCGUAAGCCAAGCUCCUUCGAUGGAGGAAUGUAUACCUGCAAGGCAAUAAACGACCUGGGUGAAGAUGAGGUGGAGUGUAAGCUGGAAGUGAGAGUUCCUCAGUAAAAUGCGCCCGGUGUAAUGCAGCUACUGUAUGGUUAUGUUUUGAAGUGGUGGUGCUUCUCAAUCUGACCUCUCGCCCUAUGACCUGCAGGCAGUUUUCCCAGAAUGCAUGGCAAUCAUUUUCCUCAGGCAGCGAAGGAUGAUGGGAGCGACGCCAACCUUUUUCCCAAAAUGGACAUGGCAACUUUUGUCUGCAUUAAUAUUUGAAAGCAUUACUCUGUUUCACAGUGUUAUGUCGCCCAUAUUUAUAUUUAGUGAAAAUAAAGCGAU